AUGGGAAAUAAACAGACCUCUGUCGGGGUUAGAGACAAGGGCCCAGCUGCAUGGCAUAAGCGCAAUGCAGAACGAAAAGACUCGUGGUCGGAGGCGAUCAUGACGAGAUUGGUGACAUCGCUGGAGGAAAAUCCUCCAUCUCUGGGUUUCCCAAAGGCGACCCUCGUCGCGGGUGUGAUCCCCGCGUUGCAGUCGCACAGGUUGACGGGAGCGGAACCAACUCGAUUGGUCGAGUAUGGCACCUAG